AUGAUUUAAAAUCACCCUCUCUGUCCUAAAUCGGCGAUGGAAAAGUACUAUAUGGAGCAGCAACUCCCCCAAUACCAGACCUUGCCACCCCAGCAGGCUCAGAAAAAGAAUCACUCCUAUUACAAUGACAAUGCUAACAUUUGGAACAAUCAUCAUCAAUCCAGUUCUAACAUGAAGGUGUUCGCUAAGAUCCAGGAGCAGAAACUGAAGGGCGAGAAACGCAUCCAGCAAUUGCAAAAGCAAGAGCAGAGAGACAAGCAAAUGUAUCAAAUGAGCAAGCACAUCUACUUCAAUCAAUUGAGACACGAGGACCAGUUGAGGAUGCAGACUCGCAAAUUAGAGCGUGCUGGUCUUCAGAAUCUAAGCCAAUAGCAAUCAGACAUCGAGGCAGAUCAAUUGCUCUUGAAACCGACCCAAUACAAUACAACAUUGUAAGGAAGACCUGAAUUCUUUUGGAAUAAAGUGGGUCAGCACUCCCAGAAACAUAUCAAGAUGUUGGUGAAUCCCAAAAUACUGGCCAUGGAGGAGGAGGCAGUCAAAUUGAUCGAGAAACGCAUUGAAAAAGAACACAUUGUCGAAUAAAUCAGAUGGGACUUAAAACAAGAGAACAUGAAACUUAUUCGCAAACUCAAUGCCAAAAGACAACAAGAAGUCGAUGAAAUUCAUCACAAAGCAGGUUUGUCUCCAUCUCACAAAAUGGCUAUCUCCAAAACCACCCAUGUCAGACGACCAUCUCAUGUAUCUCGACCUUCACUUGACAUUAUCGAAUAAACCCUAUAACAAAUUGAGGAGAAACAGCAAAGAACAAGUCGACCAUUCACUGUAGACAGUGAAAAACCCUCAUUUUCAUUUCAUAAUAGUCAUUCAUCUAAAAAUGUGCAAAGUCUAGCUAAAUAGUAAUCACUUAGUGUCCACAAGCAACGCAAUCUUAGGAUGGAUAGAUCUGAAUUCAAGGGAUUGUAUCUAGCAUAGGCAUGUGAUGUGAGUGACAACAAUUUCAGUAGAACCAUACGCUCAAAUUGUACUAUUCUGAAGGGAAUCUCGAAUUCGAAGAUCAAAGCAUAACAGAUGCCUCAAAACAUCAGGUCUACUAAUCAACCUGAGGAGGAUGUAAAUAAAAUGUUAGAUUCAUUUGAAGGCAAAUUGUAAGAUAGAAAACUCCAAUAUUGA